AUGGAUGCUAUAAAUAGAGACAAUAGCUAGGAUCCGAAGUUUCUCAUAAAAAUCUUAAGCUUUCUCUUAUUGCAAUUCUAAGAAACUGUCCAAUAUGUUCAAUUACUUGAAGCUUGUUCUGCUCUUAGUUUUCUUCAUGCUUGCUUCUUCAGAUGCAAAGAUGAUCCAAUUAGGAGGAAGUAAAGAGGAGCCGCAGCUGAUAGAGGCACAACUGAAAUCAGUGGUGGAUUCAUAUGAAAAAGCUAAAGUGGCUGAGUUCGAGUUGCUCCAAAAGAUGGUGGAGUUAAGACGAGCGACAACAUCUAACGAAGGCGGUCAUGGUGGUGCUCUGAAAUGUGAUCCAUCAGGAGCCUCAUGUAGCGCUGCUUUCCAAGCCAAGAAUGUUUGUUGCUCAGGGAUCUGCGUUCCUAUUGUUCUCACCUUCUACGGCGUUUGUGCUUAGUAUCACCGACCGUAGUCCUACUUCUUCUGUGUCAUUAUCUAAGAGAACUUACUGAGGAGUGAGGACUAGUUUAAAUUACCAGAAGUAUGCAUGUGUAUCUCAUCUGUGUGUUUAAUCAAUUACGUAUGUGGUUUCUUGUAACAUAUAUGAAUAAAUAAUGGAUUAUCCUUGGUUUCGUACA